AUGCUCACAUCAUGUUAUACUUGCCGGCGUAGGCAUGUCGAAUGCCAAAUGACCCUACCACCGUGUAAGAAGUGCAUAAAGGCAGGUCUAGAGUGCCUUCAAAAAAGACCCCUCCGUUGGGUCGACGGGCCGGCUUUUCGGAAUAAAUUGCGAACUUCACAAACCCAUCGCUUAUAUCAACCCAGCACAUUCAACAAAGCUACUGACGAGGUAUCUUCUAUUUGUGAUUCUGGCUUGGCAGCACCAACUUUCGAAGCCAUAGCCCCUGGCGAAAGGAACGGACAGUCAACCGUUUCGCACAAUAGAGGUCACAGCAGCAUCCACUUAAGCAUUCCACCCAGCUUGAAGGAUCCCGCCUUUGACAGCCUGGAUGAAGCUUCCAUGUAUUACUUGAAUUACUAUAGCAGAUGUGUGUGCAAGUUGUUUGUCAUGUUCGACAGUCAGCGAAACCCUUUGAGGCAACUCAUUCCGGCAGCGUUGGCUAAUCCAGUCUUGACUGCUUCGGUCAUGGCUAUAUCAGCGCGCCACAUGGCAAACGGUCAGCAGCUAUAUUGUGAAAGGCAAGAUGGAGACCACGCGACACGCUUUCAGGCGCAUCCUGAUGGUUUGAUGUACAAACAAAAGGCCAUACGCGGGUUAAUCCAGGCGCUCAACGAUCCAGUACCGAACUCGCGAGACGUUCUGGUUCUGAGUGCGUUCGUAUUGAUCUUCCUCGAUCUCUUGGAAUCGGGGCGCGACCAGUGGAAAUCCCAUCUUGGUGGCAUCAAGCAACUUGUUCAUGACAUGCAUACUGCGGGAACUUCGCAGAACCUAGAAGCAACCAUUGAAGGCAUGCGGGAAUUUAUCCUGGGGCAAAUCUACCUUAUUGAAACGCUUGGCGCUACAUUUUCCGGUCGCAAAGUAUUGUCCGGGGCGGAUAUGUCCCUCGCUGCACCGCUACAAAUGAGUAUCGACAGGGCCUAUAUCGGUUGCCCUGAGUAUCUGCUAUCUGCUGUUCGAUUCUUCUCAGCAGCCAGGGAUCGCUUAACUGACCCAAGACACCUAGAUACGCCUGAGACAUACUCUUUGCUACAGUCAGUCACAAGUGUGCUUAACUCUACCAACCUCUUCGAUUGCUACGGUUGGGCGAACCAGACUCUACGAGUCUCAUCCCUCACUCCAAAAACACAGAAUGUACAGUCGCUGGAACAUUUAGCCCAGGCUUAUAAAUCUGCAACACUGAUAUACGGGUGGCGCAUCUGUGAUGCGCUAACUGGAAACAACACUCCAUUGAGUGACUUGGUAACAGGCCUGGUCCACGAGGUUCACAUAUUGAGGAAGGAUGAAGCGAUUUUUAAGUGCAUACUAUGGCCCCUUUUCAUUGCAGGGUUGGAGUCUGAAGAUCAAGCCCAAAGGAGUCAAGUCAGAGAAUUUCUGGACAGCUUUUGGUUCGAAACCAAAUGCAUCAAUGUGAUAAAUGCGGUAACAAUCCUAGAGAGGUUUUGGGUUGACCCAUCGGAGGUGGAAGACGCCUCAUGCAGCUGGAUUUUUCGAAUGGGCCAGGUAGAAGGCGAUUGGCUACUAAUCUAA